AUGGCCCCGGGUCCGGCCGCCGCCGCCGCUCGGUGCAACAAGUGCCACACCAUCGCCUUCUGCUCCCCCGCUUGCCGAGCCGAGGGAGAGGUGUUGCAUCGGGUGGAGUGCUUUUACGUGAAGAAGCUCGGGCACCUCAUUGUGAAUCUGGAGAUCCUGCUGCUGCUCCGCAUCGUCAUCGCCCGAUGGCUCGAGACCCUCAGCUCCCAAAAGAGGGGAGUUGAGGGCACGCCGGUGUUCGAUCGCAUGAUGCACAUGCAGGCGCAUGCCGAAUCCCAGAUCGAUUUGCUGCAGACCUACGCUCCGGCCGUUGAGGACAUGCUGCGGGUCUUGCCCGCGGAGAUGAAGGUGGCCAAGGAGGCAAUGCUCAUCAUUGUCUGCAUUUGCUCCGUCAAUCAGUUUGCCGUCGGACGCCCUCCCGCCGAGAACGAAAGCGGCGAGGGGCAGUCGAAGGACGGCGAGGGAUCUGGGCUCUUCUUGACCUCCGCCAUCGUCUCCCACAGUUGCCGGGAAAACGCGAUGCACCGUACGAAGGGGAGACGAUUGGCGAUGCUGGCCCUGGAACCGAUCGCGGCCGGCAGUGAGAUCACCUGGUCCUACCUGGGCAACCCGUUGCUUCCUACCCAAAUCCGGCAGCGCGAGCUGUACCAGACCAAGGUGUUCCUCUGCCAGUGCGAGCGUUGCCUGGAUCUGACCGAGUGCCACCUGCGAGCGUUCGCGUGCAAGGCGUGCAACGAGGGCCUGCUCGUUCCGCUGCCGCUGACCCAGGCGGGCAUCGAGACGGAGGAGGACCGCUGGCGCUGCGACAACGCCGCGUGCGGCCGGGCCGCCGGGUUCGCCCGCGACGUGGAGCGCCUCGAGGCCGGCCUCGUCCGGCGGUUCGAGGAGGCCCACGCCGCGCUCGGCGCCACGCAGGACCUCGCCGCCGCGCUCCAGCAGCUCGAGGCCGUCAUCGCCGACCACGCCGGGCCGGUCAUGCAUCCGCACCACUACCUCCUCCUACAGAUCUACCUGCUCCACGGCGAGCUCCUGCGCCGCAAGCUCGACGGGCGCCUGCCGCCGCUUCAGGCCGCCGGCGGCGGCGGCGGGGCGGGGCUCAGUAUGAACGAGGACCAGCGCGCGGCGAUACGGAAGCAGGUGGAGGCGGGUCUGCGGCUGGCGGAGCGGCUGGAGGCGGUGGCUGACGCGCUGCUGCCCGGGCGGCACCCGCUCAAGGCCGACCUGUUCGAGGGCAAGGCCGUGCUCCUGGCCCGGCUGCGCCAGCUCACCAUCGGCCGGGCCGAGGAGGAAAAGGGGGUCUCUGCCCAGCUGGCCGAAGCCGAACGGAGGGCAGCCGACAACCGCCGGCUGUUCCCUGACCUGUGA